GUUUGGCGUUCGCCUCUCCUCAGGCUGAUACAGUUAACCAUAUUCCUUCAUCGUGACAUUGACCUCCGUCCCAAAAUUCCCACUAUGUCUUGUAUUCUUUUGACGUUACUUCCAACCCCCCCACUUGCCAAUACAAAGAGAAAAACUGAAGGUUAAAGUCCAAACCUUGUUCUACCCCCGUUAUUUUCUGCGAGGGAAAAAGAAGGCAGACUCACACAAUGCACUGCACAGACUGCAGUCUGCCAGUCGAGUGUAGGGGAUAGGGAUCAACAGUGGGUGCAAAUUGCAAUCGAAUUGCGCGGAACCUCGACAAUUGAAGGAUCAUUAUUACUUACUUACUACUACUACUCUGCAGGAUGGCGGUUAUACUUCUCUCUUCGUCUCGUGUAAAGUGACAUGGAUUCCCCGCCGCGCCAAACGACCAGACUGCCAACUCAUCAUUGCAUCCGAUGCCUGUCUGCCAACCACGGAAUGGCUCGUCCAAUGGAUAUGAUCAAAGAUCCACUGGCGCAAAUCCAGAACCAAUUUCGUUUUCCCACACGGCUGAUCAUCGUCCAAACCGGGGGUUUUAUGACGAUGCCCAUCAAUUUGUGGGAGCUGCCGCUCACUCUUGAUGAAAACAGUCUAUCUAUCUUGAUCCUUUCAAUUGGAAAGCCCCUCCUGAAGGAUCACAGGAUAGACAUCUAAUAUUUCCGAGGAGGCGGUCAAUUCACACAGGAGACGCUUUCGGAUCACUUACCGAGUCGAUGAUGAUCGUGAUCGUCCUUCCCUCAGCAUUGGCCUGGGCAGAAAGCUGUGGCCGGGUCCAUCGUGGCUAAUACUAUUCUUGACUAAAGUGGCACACUUUUUUAUUUUCCUUUUAUUUCCUUUUCUU